CUGCCACGCAGACUUCCGCCCGGCUCGGAGACCGAGGGCUGGCGGCGGGUCGCGUUGGAGGUGAAGUCGUGACGCGCGGUGUGGAGCUGCAGCCCGGGCAUCAUGUCGGAAGGAAACGCCGCGGGCGAGCCCAGCGCUCCGGGAGGGUCCCGACCCCUCUUGUCUGGGGCGCGGGGACUUAUCGGGCGGCGGCCGGCGCUCCCCCUCACUCCAGGCCGCCUUCCCUCCAUCCGAUCCAGGGACCUCACCCUCGGGGGAGUUAAGAAGAAAACCUUCACCCCAAAUAUCAUCAGUCGGAAGAUCAAGGAAGAGCCUAAGGAAGAAGUAACCAUGAAAAAGGAGAAGCGUGAAAGGGACAGAGACCGACAGCGAGAGGGGCAUGGGCGGGGCCGCGGCCGCCCAGAAGUGAUCCAGUCCCACUCCAUCUUUGAGCAGGGCCCGGCUGAAAUGAUGAAGAAAAAAGGGAACUGGGAUAAGACAGUGGAUGUGUCAGACAUGGGGCCCUCUCAUAUCAUCAACAUCAAGAAAGAGAAGAGGGAGACAGAUGAAGAGACGAAGCAGAUCCUGCGCAUGCUGGAGAAGGAUGACUUCAUUGAUGACCCUGGGCUGAGGAAUGACACUCGAAACAUGCCUGUGCAGCUGCCACUGGCUCACUCAGGGUGGCUUUUUAAGGAAGAGAGUGAAGAACCAGACGUUAAACCUUGGCUGGCCGGCCCCAAGGAAGAGGACAUGGAGGUGGACGGACCUGUUGUGAAAGUGAAAGAGGAGCCACGAGAUGAGGAGGAGGAGGCCAAGAUGAAGGCUCCUCCUAGAGCAGCCAGGAAGACCCCAGGCCUGCUGAAGGACGUGUCUGUGGCGGAGCUGCUCAGGGAGCUGAGCGUCACCAAGGAGGAAGAGCUGCUGUUCCUCCAGCUGCCAGAUACCCUCCCCGGCCAGCCGCCCACCCAGGACGUGAAGCCUAUCAAGACGGAGGUGCAGGGCGAGGAUGGGCAGAUGGUGGUCAUUAAGCAGGAGAAAGACCGGGAAGCCAGGCUGGCAGAGAACGCUUGUACCCUGGCUGACCUGACAGAGGGGCAGGUUGGCAAGCUGCUCAUCCGCAAGUCAGGAAAGGUGCAGCUCCUCCUGGGCAAGGUGACUCUGGAUGUGACCAUGGGAACAGCCUGCUCUUUCCUACAGGAGCUGGUGUCCGUGGGCCUUGGAGACAGUAGGACCGGGGAUAUGACAGUCCUGGGACACGUGAAGCACAAACUCGUAUGUUCCCCUGAUUUUGAGUCCCUCUUGGAUCACAGACACCGGUAAAAUGAGCAGAUGGAGGAGGAUGGCGCCCGUGCCCACGGCUGCUGCCUGCUGCAGAUGUUUCGUUCUCUAAUCUGAGUAACCCGGAGGGGGCCUGUUGAGCCCACCCACUCCAGCCUUCGGCAGCCGUUGUCCCAGUUCCCCCGGGGCCCACAAGGCUUUCCCCCACAGUAGCUGCGAAUGGCACAGUGACCUUCGCACAGCGUGGAUACUGCAUAUCCUUGCUGCUGGGGACUUGCGCCUGCUAUUUAUUUUAGUAUUUAUGUCUCAAUCUCUUUGACUGACUGCAUCCUCCUGAUGGGGAGGAGGAGGGAGAGGGUCUAUAGAAAGAUACAGGUUCCUUCUCUUGGUGGAAGUUGGGCCACGGGGGCAGGAAGUGUGGGGGCUGCGGCUUUUGCUUGUGCACCCUCCUUCCUCCUGGGAGGCGGUGGAGGAGAGAACAGGGAUGGAGUCUCAGACAUAAGUGCAUGGGCCCAGCUCAGCAGGUCCUAGUCUCGUGACCUUGGACAAACUACCUAACCUUUCUGAGCCUCAUGUCCCUCAGCCGACAAAAAUGGAGAUAAUACCUACCUCAUGGGGUUGGCGUGAGGUCUAAUGGGGUAUCAUAGGGGAAAACUCGUCGCACAAGGCCAGACCCAGUAGGCGCUCAAUAAAUGUGAGUUUCCCUUUCCU